AUGGCACCUACGCCUCAUACCCUCCUGAGGGUUGGCAUGUCUGCGACAUGCCUUUACGCCGUGCCAACUGACAGCGCAAUCUCACACUUUAGUCUUUUCAUGUCAUUUGUCCUUCCCGCCACCCCUCGACAGGACAUGGGUCGCUGUUUGGGCAAGUAUGUGGUUGUCUUCAACUGCUCCGACCAGAUGGAGUUUCGUGGUCUGGGCCGCAUCUUCAAGGGCCUGGCGCAGUCGGGAACUUGGGGCUGCUUCGAUGAGUUCAACCGGAUCGAGCUGCCCGUCCUGUCGGUGUGCGCCCAGCAGAUCGCCAUUGUCCUGCAGGCCAAGCGCGAAGGCAAGCCUCAGUUCGUCUUCUCUGACGGUGACGUCGUCUCGCUCAAUCCAGAAUUCGGCAUUUUUAUCACCAUGAACCCCGGCUACGCUGGCAGACAAGAGUUGCCGGAGAAUCUAAAGAUGAAUUUCCGCUCAGUCGCCAUGAUGCCGUUGUUCAUGAGACUCUGUGCUGGACACCGACUUUGUGUCCAAGAUGGCGCAAUCAUGUCAACCACUUGCUUACUCGCCCGCUCUGCCUUGUCCCAUUCCCUCAAACAGGUUCAUUACGACUUUGGAUUGCGCAACAUCCUUUCUGUAUUGCGUAGCCUUGGCGAGGCCCGCCGGGCCAAUAACGAAGACUCUGAGGAGCGGACAGUGAUGAAGGUCUUGCGCGACAUGAACCUCAGCAAACUGGUGGAUCAGGAUGAGCCGCUCUUUCUGGCUCUACUCAAAGACCUCUUCCUCGGGGUCACGUUGAGCAAAGAGUCGACAUACCCCGAGCUGAUGGAACAUCUGGAGGCUCUAGUCUCCGAGCAAGGCCUCAUCUAUCACAAGCCUUGGGUGCUCAAAGUGGUUCAGCUCUACGAGACGCAGUUGGUGCGUCACGGCAUGAUGAUGCUGGGUCCCUCGGGCAGCGGAAAGACGGCUUGCAUCCGAAGUCUGGAGCGGGCGUUGACGGAUCUGGGCGGACUGUACCGCGAGUACCGCAUGAACCCGAAAGCGAUCACCGCUUCUGAGAUGUUCGGCACUCUGGACGUAGCCACAAACGACUGGACGGACGGCAUCUUCUCAACGCUGUGGAGACGGACGCUGAAGGCGAAGAAACACGAGCACUAUUGGAUCGUGUUGGACGGGCCGGUCGACGCCAUUUGGAUCGAGAACCUCAACUCGGUGCUCGACGACAACAAGACCCUGACCCUGGCCAACGGAGAUCGGAUCAUGAUGGCGCCGACAUGCAAGAUCAUCUUCGAAGUGGACAACAUCGACAACGCGUCUCCAGCCACAGUGUCUCGCAACGGCAUGGUCUACAUCAGUUCCACCGCGCUUGACUGGCAGCCCAUAUUCAAGGUGAGCCAGAACCUAGUCAGGUCAGGUCGGUCGAGGUGGUUUAAUGAAUGA